UGUGAGACGCUGGGCAUUGGAUGACGCACCGGACAUGCUGCUUAUGGAGGCGGAGCUACUCUCUGGUCUACUACGAUCAUUAUAAGGAUCAUGAUUUUCCACCUGUCUGUUCGCUCCAAUCCAAUGUUACGGAAAACAAAUCUGGCUGUGUGGAGAGCAUGGAGGUCAUGGAAGUUAAGCCUGCACUCUUCUACAGUUUGUGCAUCUUCGGGUACUGGUCCCCUGGACAGAUCUGAAGAACUGUCUUCCGUUUCAUCCGAAAAGCCUCCUCACAGACCUGUCAUGCUUAAAGAGGUGCUUCAUUACUUAGACAUCCAGCCAGGUCAGGUGGUUCUAGACAUGACAUUUGGGGGUGGUGGUCACACCAAAGCAAUUCUGAAUUUGGUCCCUGAAGUCACAGUCCUGGCCUUAGACCGAGAUCCUACAGCCAUUUCUCUGGCCCAGCAAUUAGCCAAGGAAUACUGUGGUCGUGUGAAACCAUUGCUUGGCAAAUUUAGCGAGCUUGAAGCCUUGUUGUCUAACAUGAACAUUGAGCCAGGCAGCGUGGAUGCUGUCCUGUUGGAUGCUGGCUGCUCCUCCAUGCAGAUGGACGAGGCGCAGAGAGGCUUCUCCCUCAGCAAGGAUGGGCCCCUGGAUAUGAGAAUGGAUUGUGAGAGGUACCCCGACAUGCCCUGCGCUGCUGACGUUGUGAAUACCUUAGAUCAACAGGCUCUUGCAUCCAUCCUCACUGCAUAUGGGGAAGAAAGACAAGCCUGGAAAAUAGCUUCAGCUAUUGUUGAGGCACGCCGAGUCAACCCCAUCACCCGGACACAGCAGCUGGCCAGCGUGGUGGCAGGGUCGUUUCCUCCAGCUGUCCUUUACGCCCGUAAAGACAGACUCCAACGGUCUGCACACGUAGCCACUAAGACUUUCCAGGCUCUGCGUAUCUUUGUGAAUGAUGAGCUGAACGAACUUCACGCAGGACUGAGUGCCGCCCGGUCGGUACUGGCACCUGGAGGACGUCUCUGCGUGAUCACUUUUCACUCACUAGAAGACAGACUGGUUAAACGUUACCUCCAGGGAGAGGACUUGUCCAAUCUAGAUCACUUCAGCCCGAGGAAGAAAAGCAGUGGGAAGCAAAAACAGAGAGAAGAGAGCCAGGCGAUGUGUGAGGAGAGAGACAAGCGUCAGCCUGUGGCUCCCCCUCUGACAGGCUGAAGAAUGUUUUAGUUUUUGAGCCGAGAAAGAAAGCUCAUUCCAUCCACAUCUUUACUCCCCUCCCUCCAACUCUCUGACUCCCCGCCCAUCUCUGCUGCUCCGCCUGCUAUAAAAAGACUUCUUAGAGAAAAACACUGAGGUCAAAGCUAUUUGAAUAAUUUUUGUGAUUGACGCAGGGGCCUGCAGGUCUCAUGGGAAGAAGAUCCAACUGUGAAAGAAGACAGCCAUGUUGGAUAAUACUGCGAUACUGCACAGCCAGGGGCGAAUCCUACAUUUAGCUGACUUUCAAUUUGUAACUUAGUUUAAGGGAUUCAACUAUGACAUUGAAAAUGUUAAUCACAAGCCCUACCCUCUUAACAAUUUACCCAAAUCCAUCACCUCCAAGCUGCCGUGAUGAGUGGUGGUUAGUGCAUCCUGGAGGUGAUGCUUCUUGGUUAUGCCUGAGCCGUCAUCAGAGCACCUCUUGCUGUGUCAGGCGGUGAACAGGGUGACCUGAUGCCAUCUCUGUUACUCCAGUGUCUCCAACUGAAGGAGACACAACACUGGCUUCCUUUCCUGCUAUAACAGCCAAUUGCAUUUUUGCACCUGUUUAUUUCUGUCUGGCUGUAUAACAAACCCUGCCGCAGCCAAGUGGGAGUCCCGUAGAAGAAAAGGUUUAUUUCACUCCUCACAUCUGUCAUGGCCUGGCUCUUGGCCAUAACAGAUGUGAGGAGUGAAAUAGACAGGGGUCGUCACACAUCUUAGAUGGUAAAAUCUAAAUGGUAAAACCUUAUUGUUAGUUCAAGAAGCUGAGAACAAGGUGGAUAUUCAUACAUUACAAUGCAAUAAGCACAGUUUUUAUAGGAUAGGAUUAGAUCAUUUAAAACUGGUAUUAACAUGUGAUCAGCAUCUGGAUAUGUAAGCUCUAUAGUCACAAUUUAAUAAAUGGUUCCACCCAAUAUAUGGAAUAUAAUACAUACUCCAGAUGACAUCAUUAAAAAAACAGCUCCAUUUUAACCUCAAACCCUCCAGUGGAGCAACAGUACAGGGAAAUAUUUUGUUUUUAAAAGGAGUUGUCUGGUAUAAGGCAGGAAUACGUCUGUAUCCAUUACACAUUGGUACAUUUUGUGUACACAAACUUGUUUUACAUUAUUCCAAUGUUUUUUUAAUUGACUACUUGACUUUAAUUAUUAAGGAUAAGAAACCUUUGCCUAAAGUCACAUGACUCUCCCUUUGCAGAUCUAGCAGACCUAAGAGAGUAACCCACAUCCUUUACUGUAACUUGACGUGUAUGCAUCAUGUACAGUAUGUUGAGACUGCCAGCUCUGCAUUGCUUUUGUGUUUGCAUAAUUACAAUACAUGGAGGAAACAUAAAUGAAUAUUGAUUCCAGGUGUUAAAUGCAAAUGAGAGAUUUUGUUUUAUAGAUAAUUUGUUCCGACACAGCCUAAAUGUUUUAAAGUCUACAUCCCUGACUGCAGAAUAAGUCAUUGAAAAACCGUGUGACAUGUUGUACAGUUAAAUAAGUUCAUGUUUUUUUCAUCAAAGUGUGGUAAUGUGAUUAACCAUCACACAAAAAUAGAGACCAGGUUAAAGACUUGAAUCUAUAUUGUCAGCACGAUAUUUUCUCUGAACCUGCUCCAUUGAAAAUGGAAGUGGAUGAUUUGUGUUUUUCUUUGUGCUCUCGGAAAUUCAGUUCAAGCUGUGUCACUAAAAUGU